CGCCUCCCCACGCUGCUGUCCGCCCGCCAGCAUGAAGGUCGAGUUUGCCCCCAUCAACAUCCCCCUAAAGAGGAGGAUCCAGACAGUCGCCGUGCUGCAGUGGAUCUUCUCCUUCCUCCUGCUUGGUAACAGCCCUCCUUCCUACACUUGCCCCAGAGGGAAAAUGGCUUAGAAUCGGCUUUUUCCGUGGCCGGCGUUACCUGUGUGCAUCGCUCUGUGCCACCCUGUGGCUCCACGUGGGUGCAGAGGCGGCGGCCGCAGGCGAGCAGCAAUCCGGCGAUCCCCGGGCGGGCAAGAGCGUCGCACUUCUUUCUUCUCUUAAAGCUCUGGAUGGCUUUUCCUCUUUUUUUGGGUCUAUUUCUUCCUAUGGCUUCUUUUUCAAAUAUAAUCCUAAAAAGCUAGUGACUGUGUCUUCACGCUGAGGCACCGUCCAGGUUUCUGACAGCAACUUUUUACUGAACAUGAGCAUAAAGUCUGGUACAUGAGUAAUGCUGUUUUCAUUAGUAAUUUUGUAAAAUAACUUUAUAUGCUGUAGUUCAAUAAUAAAAUUCUCGUUUAACUAGGUGAUGACAAUUAAUAGGGAUUGUCAAGGAACUGGCUCAAAUGCAGCCAUUUCUGUAAACAUAUGAAAAAUGUCCUCAUUUGCUUUAAGAAAGUGUUCAUAACAAUUCUACUUGAUAAACUUUUUCCACUGAUUGUUCCUCUAUAAUUAACGUUUCUAAUAUCUUAAUAGACACCUAUCACUAAACACCUAUUCACAGCAGCAAAUGUUAUUCACAUGGGUAGUUAUCUUGAACUCGAUGGAAUGGGUGACUUGAUAAGGUAAGAGAAGCCUUAACUCUCUCAGACUAAAGCCGUGGAUUGUGUAAAUUGGGAAGUGAUUAUCGAAUAAUCUGUUCCGAGGUACAGAGCAACUGACUACCCGUGCCUUACUGGAAAUGUUGGAACGCUUCACGAUCGUCUAUGCCUUAGGACUUACAAGGAGAAAAGGAAUGUGUGCAUGUCUUUCUUGUUUUACAAAUAUAUUAUCCUUCAGAUGGUGUGAUGUCUUUCAGAUUAUUUCUUUUUUUAGGCUGUUAGCCCACACAUGAAAGAUUUGUGUAUGUGGGAGAAGCACGGAGGGUGUGAAGCAUCUUCAUAGAUUUAUUUAUCCUUAGCAUUUGGCUCUUUUGUUACCUUUUAAUUAUAUGUAGUUGGAGUAUGAACUGUUUGUAUUUUUGUCUGCAUGGUAAAUAGUCUGUACUUCUAAUUUUCUGUUAUUGAAUUAGAUCUUGGCAACUGCCAUUUUUCCGGUCUCAUAAUGCAGUGGAAGUUCAGUGGCAAUGGAAGUAAGUUUUUUUAUCCUAGCAAUGCUACUGCAGAAAAACACAUCCUUCUGAUCUUACUAGAAGUGAUUGGGAUGCAGAAAAUCCAUUCUCGCUGUAGUUCAGCAGGAGAAGUAGGCAGCUGUCAUCUGCAGCUGGUGCUGUCUGGGAAUAAAUGUCAAGGAAAAUCAGCAAGGAAGUGGUCUUAUGGCUGGUUUAUGUUGGGGUGUAGUGAGUACAUGCGACCAUGAAAAAAUCAGUUUGCAAGAAUGUUUGAAUUUUGGUGAACAAACUGAUUUUAAUAAUGAUUAUCUGCUUGUGCUUCAUGGGGUUGUUUAUCUUUAGAGCUAUCCAAGGUGACCUUUUAAUUUCAUAGGCGUAAGCUUUCAGUCAUGGGGCAGUCAGUGAUCUGGCCAAAAAGUUUCAUUUAGCUGCAGGAAAAUUCAGGUGGCUGAAUCCUAAAUGACUUAAAGGAGUGAAAAAAGGGCUGGUUUCUGAAGUUCUGGAUUGUUUCUAUGUCUGGAUUUUUUGUCUUCCUCCCCCCGCUGUGCAGAUAAAAUAGGGAAACAUCUGUUUGUAAGCUCUUGAAAAAGUGACACUUUCAAAUCAUGGAGGGGAUGUCCCAGUACAGGUGAAAUACUGAAAUACUGUGUGAGUUGAUUGCAGGAGACAUUUGAGAUUUAGGUGCUGUUUGGAGGUUUGUAUGUGGCUGCAGCUAGUUUAUGGCAAGCAAGAUCUUAUGUAGAUCAGUCUGUCUUGUGUUAAAUAUCUACAUGUGAAAACAUGAACAGAUAAUGCCCCGUGAUAACUCAUGAUUCAUAUUAUAGAUAGAGCUAUUAUGUUUAGAGCAGUGAAUAACCAGGCUACUGGCCUAGCUCCUAAAGUUGUCCAUCUAGGUAUGUGGUGACAUGCCAUAACUUAGUAAAAGAAAUUAUAGGACUAACAGAUAAAGUAAGAUAACUCUAGAAAUUAGUGCCCUGAAUCACAAAAGCUCAGUCGGUUAAUGAUACCUUUUAAAUCAGAGUGACAUGGGAAAAUGUGAUUUGGCACACUGAAUAAGCUGUGAGGGGAAUGUGAGCCUAUUACAACUUGGAAUUUGUAAUGUGACUUGGAUAGAAGACUCAGAAAAUUAAGCAUUGGUUUUAUCUUCCUGGCUGAGAAAUGUAAAAAUCCCUUUCUCUCCAGGCUUGCUUUCUCGUAAUGCUGCAUGGUUUUCUGAGACUCUGGAAUUGAUGACUAAAAAUGCCCUCUUGCUUUUGUGCCUAAAGGCUAUGCACAAGUUGGCCUGAAAUACAGACAUGCAGUCUUAUCUCCACUGUAGAAAGACCGAAUCAGUCAAAAAAUACUGAGAAAACAGCUGCAGCAGAAUGGUACAAGCAAAGUUCUGCUUCUUCAUGCAGCAUGCAAACUUAGGCUGGGUCUGCACUACAGAUACAUUGCUUCUGCUGUCCAGCGUAGGCAGAGUAAACAUGCCUCUGCCUCAAAAAAAGCUGUACAGAUGUGCACAGAAUUUCAUUACACACAAAGGGAACCUCUUUAAAAUUCUGGCUGUAAGUUCCUGUGCUUCCUUGUUCUGUGCUGCAAGCUGCCAAAGUUCACCCUCAAAGGGGAAAGACAAGUUUUCAUUGUAACAGUGAUUUGUCUGUUUGUUAUCCAAGGGCAUGACACCAGAAGCAAAAAUAAGUUCUGAAAUACUGGGUUAGAUGAGAGAAAUGCCCAUUAACAGAUUCCCACCGCAUGCUGGUUGAAACUGCAGUAUGGUUUCCUAUCUUGUGUUCUCCAAGUGCAGCAGACCAAAAAGGUUUAGUUGUAAGUUCCAUGAAAAGGUGUUUUAAACGGGCUUCCCUCUUUUGAAAGGAAAGUGUUAUUAGUCUGGAGUCCAGAAAACUAAACCUAUGAAAACUAAAAAUGAGGAAAUAUGCUGAAAUGAUACUGUUACUUGCAGUAUUAGGCAGGUAUCCAAAAGAGCUUCAGGCUGAAGGAUAAUGUCAAGCCAUUAGUGCUAUACUGCUGAAACAGCAAAUAUAUGAAGUUUUGCAAUUUUAUAGUACCUACUUUGGAAAAAAGCUGAAACAAGCCAUUUUGAUUGGUAGUUUUUAUGGCUGUAAUUACCUUUGUUAGAGAUUCAUCGUCUUGGCCAGGGACUGACAGUCCUGGGGCUGGUCUGCCCCCUUCCAAGCUCAGGCAGCACCUGCAUCGUGUCUCACUGUGAAGUUGCUUGCUGUUGAUCACUCUGUGCCAUCGUCCAGCCCAACUCCAGGCAGAAAGUCACCUGGGAAAUGAAAUCUCCGAGCCUGUAAGUGCUGCUGGACCAACAAAGCAAAGGAGUAACAUCACUUACGUUUUUGUACUGUAGGUUUUGUGGUACACACACACAAAAAGAAUUGUCACUGUCAAUGAAUACAAUGGAUGUCCCUGGUGUUUAACACGGAGUCUUUGUUUUUAAGCUUGGAAAUAUUUUUCUUAAGAACUUUGAAUUAAUUUUAUGUGUUAUGUGUUUACCACUAUCUGAUAUCCUCCUGUUAGGAAUAGGUUUUCUGUUUCGUGCACAGUAAUUGAGCAGUGAUUUAUCCUUGGUGUGUGAGCUGUGUGCCUCAGUACUGCACAUCUGUAUCAGGAGGUGAGCAGUAUCUAAGCAGGAGGUAGAUCAGAGGGUUCAUUUAAAGACAAAACCAUUUAAACUAAACCCCAAAACAACAAUAAAAAACCCAAAACAAAAUAAAAUAACCUAUAACAAAUAAAAACCUAAACAAACAAAAACGAUCAAACCAAUCAGAUUUGGUUAAAGUGCUGCUUGGCAGAUGCUUUAGCCUUUUGUUUUCCUUUCUUUCUCAUGUGCACAAAUCAAAUCACAGCAUUUUGGAGAAAAUAAAGCUAGAAGGUGGGUUGGUGAGCUUCUGUCCUGCUAACUUCUAUGCAACUGAUGUGAAAAGGGACAGUGGAGUUUGAGCCUGUACAAAAUCAAAUGCAUAACUAGGUAACUUGGGUGGAGUGGUGAUGUCUUGGAUCAGAUGAUGAUGAGAGGAAAAUGAGAGUUUACCCCUAUGACAGGGAUAUCAGUGUUUUGCUCUGAGACAAGGUGGUGGUAGGGGAGAAUGAUGCAUCUUCUAAGGCUCACUUUUGAGGUCCAGCUGAUCUUCCUCACUGGGGAUUUAGGAAGUGACUGUUGUGCAGGCAUGCCUGUGUUUACUAGCAAAAUACAUACAAAAUCAGUAUGUAAUAUAAGGUACACUUUAAUCUGCAUGAAGCCACAAAAUAAUAUGCUGAAGACAUUGUUAUAUAUUAGAGUACAUCCUGUUUUCUAGUGAUUAAACUUCCAUGCAUGUAGGAUGAAACAGUCUGUUAAUUGAACUUGCUGGAGACAGUUUGGGGCUGUGGAUCUGGCUUCCCCAGAAGAACAGAAAUGAUGGAACAUUUGCCACAGGGUGAGAUAUUGCUGCUGAAAUAAUAAGUGAUUUCCGUGUUGAGAAAGCAGGUAAUGUGCUAAAGCAAAUUAUAACUUUUUCCCCAAAUAUGCCGUGGUUGUUUGUUAUCUGGUGUUGAUUUAAUUCAUCAGCGAUAGCUGGCUAAUACGGUCUUGUUCUUCCUCAAAUCCUUUUUUUUAAAAAACUCUUGAUCAUUAAAAAAACUCAGCUAAGCUCCAUGAGCCUAUCCUAGCAAGCUGCCUGGUAUUGCUACAUGUUUGUGUCAGUCUGUAAUCAUCUAUCCAUAAAAUUUAUUGCUGGCCCAUGGGUAGGGACAGAAGUGUGAUCAUAGGGAAUAACAGGGUACUUACUGAUGCCUGACUGACUAGUAUUUCUAGGAAUACUGCUUCUGUUACCUUCGUUUUAGGGAGGGAAUUUCACCAUAUAUCUGUGUAUAUUUGUUUGUAUCUCAAGAAUAAGAAGAGAAAAUGGCUGUGCUGUGUCAGGCCAGAGCCCUGGCCUGGCAACCUGUGUGUGAACAUAAUUGACAGUGGAUGCCUACGGAGAGAUAGAAGAAACAGGAAAUAUGUAGACUAAAUUUGGCAUGCUGUUUCGGGAUUUGGUAAUUAGUAACCGAGGGAUUUAUGGUAUCCAGACCGCUCUAUCUGCAAGUCAGUAGUGCUUAAUGCUCCGUAUCUGUAGUUUAUCAGUGUUUGUCAGUGCAAGGUCUUGGGAACUGCAACCAAAUUUCAGCGUAAACAAACCUCCAAACCUUGCAUCUUAGAGUGGUUUGUAUUUGUUAUCACAGCCCUGUUGAAAUACAGCUCCCUUGGUAGGAAUGCUCAAAUAUCCUUGUGACUGGGACUCCCAGUUGUAACCAAUAACCUAACAAAGGCCCUCCACUACAGGAGACUGACACAUAUUCAACAAAUGCUGGCCACCUGACCACCUCAGAUGGAUACCAGAUUCCUGUGGGCUUCAACAACUUCCCAGUGCAGUUAGUUUAAAUAUGUUCCCAGCUUUUUCUUUGCUGAGGAGUCUGUAUGUGCCAUGGGUAAAAAGUGACAGCAAGUUCCUGUGCUCCUGGUGGAAAUUCUUAAAUUGACAGAAUUGCACAGACUAGUAGGCUUUAAACAAGAUAGUACUAACAUCAUGACUCCAUUUUUUUAAAAGAGACUUUCUGUAUAAAAGCUGCAGAGGCAGGAACUCAUUUACUGUUGCCCUGGCAGGUUGCCUCCUUUCAGGUGUUACUUAUUGUCCUUGGUCUUACUUUGGUGGGACUGUUGGAGUCUGUUUGUAGUAUUUGUUACUUCAUUUAAAUUUCAGUCACUUUCUUUAUGAUUUAUAGGUAAUGCAGAAAGUAUCUCCAUAAAUUAAGGCUGACUUAAUUUUUAUUUUUCUUUUCCAGCAUGAAAGAAUCCACUAAGCGGGGAAAGUAAUUUUUUUUUAAUGCCAAAAUUAACUUAUUGGUGGUAUCUUGAGGGAUAAUAGAGAAGAGCAAAUGUUCAUUGGGGAUGAAAACAUCACUGUGCAAUUCUCCUUGUGUGUUCCCUCCAAUGUUCUGUUCCUAACCCAGCUCGGAGUCACUGCUCUGAAAACUAAAGGUGUUCUGUUAAAGGUAUAUCAACAUGGUUGUUGAAGGAUAUGCCAUAUUUUGUUUUGUAGGUUUGGUUUUUUUUUUCUCCUCUCUGUCCACAGGUGUAAGAAAUGAACUUUUCACCUUGCUUUGUCAAUUGGUAUGCACAUGUACUUGUAAAGCCCAGAGAAGUACAAUAUUAAAAAUCACAUCUCUACCUGCCUAUUCAGGAGAAUGCCAGGGGAACAAAGAUGCUUUAUUUAUCAUGUCCUUGGUGCGAUGGGGUUCAAAUUGCUGAACUCUGAAAGUCUCCAUCUCAUUUGAAGCAUAGCAACAUAAUGUGUUUACAGAAAACUUUGCUAAUGGCAUGUGGGAAAUGGCAGGGGCGGGCUCGUAGUUGAGAGCUGUCAGGCAGUGUGGAGGUUUUGGAGUGAGCUGCUUUGCAUAGGUUUUUGGGGCACUACAGAGAGCCAGUAGUGCUGGUUGGAUUGAGACCAGCACCCUUGGCACCUAGGACACACCUGCACUGUCUGGGCAUGGUUUGAGACUGCUCUGAGAGUAAUGGGAGGCUUUUCUUCUACUGGACAAUCUUACAUUUGGUGGCCCUCGCAUUAGAUAUUGCUCAAACAUUUUUGACUCCUUAAUAACUACAAAUACAUUUGGAUCUUCUAUAAUUGUGGCCAUCAGCUGUAUUUUGUCACCCAAUAUGGUGUUUUCCUACUUCCUACCUCUGUGGUAUUUUAACUAUUUUAUGAAUUUGGUGCCCACAGCUGCAAACUCAGAGCCUGUUCGAUGAUUGAAGUACAAGGUGUUCAAACAUCAUGGGGCAGGAUGGCUUCCAGUGCUGCUAACACUACAUCCAUUUGUUGCAACAGAUGAGUAUCCACAUGUUGUAUAAAUGGGGAAAUGGAGGAAAAGGGACUCGCCAACAUUGGCUGGAAAAGCUGAUUUUCAGAGUCCCAGGGCAGUGAUAUUUCUUUUAAUCUAUAUUUCUUUUCCCCACACUAUUCCAAUACACCAUAGAGAUAUUUUUCAAAGCUUUAAUUCAAGUUCAACCAAAAAAUUAUGCUUACAGCAUACACAGGAUUACAUCCAAGGAUGUAAUGAUAUAGUAGAGUGAUGAAUUCCAAGUUACUCACCUUUUGCCUGGAAUUUGUUUGUGAAUUUGGGUAAAAUGAUUGCCAUUUGUUUACUCAUUGUCUCGUCUGAAGGAGAAAACACCCGGUUUGUGUUUAUAGGCUCACUGGGUUUGAGUCAUCACUGUUUAACUCACCUUUCAGGCUCCUAAUGCAUUGAAAUAAUGAGGAGGUAUGGUAAAAGGAAUUUGCCACAUGUCUCAUAGGGAAUGCAGUAAUCGACUUUGUCCUACAAGAUGCUGAGCUCUCCUAAGGAAGUGCUAACAGCACGCUUAUCUCCCCAUACCUUGCAUGCACUCAGGAAUGUGUUCUAGCUAAAGCAAAGCGUUGAACUUGUUGAUCUCGAGUAUGUUUGUCUGCAUAGGAUUAAGUGUUGCUAUCUGGGCCUUCUCCCUGCUGAUUUAAUUAGGUCUCACAGCAAGGAUGCUUUGAUUAAAAACACCUUUCAGCUAUUUGGCUUGGAAACUGAUAGCAAAAACCCACGUGAUGCUGAACUGAGCCAAAUGUGCUUCUGUGAGGAAGGUUAGCAAAUAUAAAUACUUAACAAGUUUUUCGUACCAACUUGAAACUAAUAGAUUUAUGGCGACUUAAAAAACUUCUCAUACUUAUUCAAACUUAAACUGUGAAAUUCAGCAUCCUCUCCAGAUUAGCAUUGGUAGAAAUUCCUGUAGUUUCAGAAUCUCUUCUUCAAAGAACAGGUAGUGACUUUUUCUCAAAAGAUUUCUGUGCCCUAUUUUGAAGUGAUGCUGGUGUGGGAUUCCCGGUGAUUUCUCCAUCUGGAGCAGUGGAAUUGAGUGUCGUCUUCCACCUGUGUUACUUGUCCUUCAUUAGUUAUGUUGUGUAGAACUUGUUGCAACUCCUGUGAGUUUUCCUCAUUGACUUUGGAGGUCUGUGGGUCUCAGUUAGCUGCUGCUCUCACUGAAGUGCUCUUCUGUGCAAAACUCGGGUUGCCUGCUGGAGCAGGAAGCAGUGAAUUUCUGUACUGAGGAAUGGAGUAUCCUUCGAAGUGGUAGAUUUGAUCCUGCUCUUGGUUUUGUUUAUGGUUGUUUCCUCUCCCUUCCUCAGAGCAAAUGAAAUUCCUUAUUUCUGUGCUCAUAUCCCUGCCAUAAAUGAGAAUGUUCAUCCCUGUCUUUCCUACUCAAUCUAACCAGCAACUUUGCUUUCUCGGUCUGCUUCUGGAUUCUGUGGUAGUUCUCAGUUACCCCAUGACAAGAUAUUCGUGUCUGUUCUGAAGGCACAGUCAAACCAGGCACAAGGAGGAGUUGGCUUAAGUUCAGAAAAAGUAAGUAUUCAGGUUGGAGGAAGUGCAAGGGUGUCAUUAGGCCAAGUUAAGCUCUGAAUUUCAGCCUCUCGAAACCUACUUAGUCUGGGAAGUCUGCUGUGAGUUUUCAAUGCCGAAGCAAUAUCUCUUGAAAGAAGGUGAUCUAAACUAGGAUGAGUGGUUUUUACUGUUGGUCCAUUUGCUUAUUUCAAAGUUUUCAGUUCUGGUGAUAUUUACCUUGUGUUAGCCAAAUUAUUGCCUGAAGUACUUCUGUUGUUUGUUUUAAUUCUGCUCUAUUUAUGGGUGUAUUUAGCUCAGUAUGUUUCACUGGUAUAAUUUCUUUUAGGACAUAACAGGAUAUUUCCCCCAUGAAAGCCAGUCAAUUGGGAGACACAAAGUGCUACUUCUGCUCUGUAAAAUGCCUGUUUCCUACAACUCUGCCUGUUGAGUUUUCCAGUGAGGACUGCGUCCUGUUUUGCUUGCCAUUCUGUAAAUACAUGAUGCUAAAGCCCUGACUCCCUUUCAAACCUCGAAUGCAGCACCUGAUCCAUGAGCCUGAUGGGGUUUUCAGGAGGUGUCAGAGCAAGCAGGCUGCUGCAGGGAGUACCACAGGGCAGAGAGCAGCAGGUACCUCUGUACUGCUCUUCAGCCAGCUCUGCCCAGGGCUGCUCAAGUUUCUCCAAGAGUGUAAAAUUCUGCAAGUUCUACAAAGAUGAAGUUUCCCUAGUGUUUCCCUGAAUAAUUAUUUGAGAACUGAGUCAUAAAGUAACACGCUGUGUUUAAUCAAACAGCUUUUUCUUGCUCUUUGAAUUGUGUAUAAUACAAUUAUUAUGUAUCGUUAUUGUAGCAGGAUGUUCUUACAAAUGCAUGAGGACUUAAAACUGGUGUUGUGUUCCCAUAGCAAUGGUUGACUUCCACUUAGAGUGAUGUGUUUAGUGUCUAAAGUGGAACCUCUUGAUGUUUUAUCUUGUCUAAUGCAUCUUCUUGACCACUGACAGCACUUUUGACUGGGAUUAGAACUACCAUUCCAAUGUUAUAGGUAGAGAAACUAAGAAACAGAACGGAAAAAUAAUUGCCCAACACUGCUCUCAUUAGAAAAGAGAUGGUGCUGUGGUCCCCUUUCUGUUCUUUCCUUCCACAGUUCUCCUUUAUUCUCACUCCCUGGAGCUUCACAUCCCUGUUAGUUCUUGCUAUGUCCUUUUUUCCUAAAAGCCUUAGGUAAACCAGAUGCUCUCUACCAAACAUUAGUUACCCAAUAUCCAGUUGUGCAGUAGAAGGAGAAAUAAUAGACUGAGGUGGUGUACCUAUGAGAUGUUUCACCAUCAGGGUAACGAUGCAAUGUGGACACAGUUUUGCUGUGGAUUCUUCGUGAUCCUGAUCCUGGGAAACUUCUGGUUCCUUGCUGUGCUGUAUCUGCUGUGGCUCUACCUCGACUGGGAAACACCAUGUGCUGGGGGCAGACGGUCCCAGUGGGUCAGAAGCUGGACUGUUUGGAAGUACUUCAGGGAAUACUUUCCCAUUCAUCUGAUAAAAACUUCAGAUCUGAACCCAAAUCACAACUACUUACUUGGCUUUCACCCUCAUGGGGUCCUGGUAGCUGGAGCCUUCGGAAACUUUUGCACCGGUCCAAGUUUCAAAAAUUUAUUUCCUGGGCUUACUCCAUAUCUUCAUAUCAUGCCCAUCUGGUUUGGCUGUCCCUUCUUCAGAGAAUACGUAAUGAGUGCUGGAAUGGUUUCUGCAUCCAAGGAGAGUGUCUCGUAUGUGCUGAAUAAAGAAGGAGGUGGCCAUGCAUCUGUCAUUGUGAUCGGAGGAGCAGAGGAAUCUCUGAAUGCACAUCCUGGAAGUCUAACACUGAACAUCCUCAAGAGGAAGGGCUUUAUUAAAAUGGCCCUGAAACAUGGGGCUCAUCUGGUGCCGGUGUUCUCCUUUGGGGAAAAUGAACUAUUCAAACAAGUUGCAAACCCCAAAGGCUCGUGGCUCAGAAAUGUACAGGAAAAGUUGCAAAAGAUAAUGGGCUUUGCUUUACCCCUAUUUCAUGCUAGAGGAGUAUUUCAAUACAGUUUUGGCUUAAUACCUUACAGGCAACCCAUUCAUACUGUUGUGGGAAGCCCCAUCCCUGUGAAAAAGAACUUGAACCCCACCACUGAAGAGAUUGAUGAUCUACAUGCAUUGUAUCUUCAGAAACUGAGGCAAUUGUUUGAAGAACACAAAAAAAAUUACGGGAUCCCUGAGCAUAAAUCUCUCAUCUUCGAGUAGCAAAUUACAAUUUGAAAUUCCAAAUCUCAUGGAAAGAAACAGUAUCUGCUGAAAGAUGUCUUUGUUGCAAUCCAUAUUUUGCAAGCUGUAAUUAUCCUUAUGCAAGGAAUACUUUUAAGAAGGGAUUAUUAGAUGAUUUGUUGAUUUUUAUCUUACUCUUGGGUGGGGGGGAAAUCUUUGGGAUGGGAGCCUCGAAGCCAGUGUUGUUUUGAGUUGUCCUUUUAGGUUUAUCUGUACCAGAAAUGCAAGUAAGAGACCCCACAUAGAUGUUCUUACUGCCACUGUACCUACCCAUAGCUUGAGCACAGGAAAUCGCCCCAGCACGAGAUCACGAGCAGGAAAAGUAUAAACCCAAGAAGUCUUUGAUUAGAAGUUAAGAGACUUUCCAGCAUUUAUCAAACAUGGCAUCAGGUUGUUCUCUGAACGUCAGAAAGCCACUGCUGCUCUUCCAGAGAGAUGACGGUGUGUGUUUUCAGCAGAUGGGUACUGUAAACCAUUUACAUGAGAAUUCAAGAAUAAAUAGGAGCUUUCAGCCCUGAAUAGGAUAUUGGCAAAAGUGGUUUGUCCAAGUUAUGAAGCAGAGCAAACCUUCUGUUUGGAGGAGAACAGUGUUUUGAGCUUUUGUGUGCAUGUGUGUGCUGGGUGGUGGGAAGCACUGAGCGAUGGGACAAUGAAUGUGUGGGACAAUCUGUGUUUUGAAUCUUCAGUUUGGAAGAUGAAGCAGCUUUGAUAGUUCCAGCUUGAGAGGAGAUGGCAGGCACAGGACAGGAGAAGUGAGGGAAUCGUGUGACCUUCACACCUUGUGCAAAGCAGAAAUGAUCACAGGUCGAGCACUUGCACAGAAGGGAGGGGAGCCCGGUUUGCUCAGUCUGGUUCUGAAACUCCACCAAGGAAAGUUGACUUGAUAAUGCCUUUUUCUUCCCCACUGACAGGUGUGGGGAAGCACGUGUACAGCUGUAGCUGCAGUGUGACACAGCUGCAAUGCCAAGACAGUGUGAGCACAGCUGUAGGGUGCAGCAGGUUAAGAGGGUGCUUUGUAUAUAAACCAGGUGCCUAAAGUUGUAUCCUAAAUGUGGAUAUCAAUUUCAGAAAAAAAAGGAAAAAAAAAAACCUGAGACAAACUCUUUUUCAGUUAAAAUGCCUAGGUCUUGGAGAUUAUGGUGCAUGGAGAGAACUGCAGUAUGUUACUGAAUUUUUUAUGAGAUAAAUUCUUGUAUUUGUACAUGCUUUCUAUCUGCAUGUGGACUUUGCAGAUCUGGUAUUACUGAAGAGUUUGUUUACUUUAGGCAGUUUUGGUGCCUGAAUAUUACAUCAAUUAGGAGCUCUGGCAGGUUGUGCACAGGGCUGUCAGGCAGCCUAGGGCAUCUGCAGGUGGUUCAGUUCAGCACUGGGAUGCUCCAAGAAUAGCAGGACUGGGCACACUGUGUGCUUGCUGGGCUGGAGGCUUCUUAGAAGAAACACUGUUAGGACUUUGGGAACAAGGUAGAACUCUGGAAAGAAAAUAUCUUAGCAAGAUGAAGGUGUUUAAAGAAAAGAGUGGAAAGAUCUCAGCUCUUACAGAGUGAACUCCUAAUGAACCAAAGCUCCAAAGCCAAACAAGUAUUUGCCAGACAGAGCAGAUAUAUGUGUUCCAAAACCCCUGCAGCAACACGUUGGUUUCCUCAGAAGGGCUCUUCCUUUUACUGCAUGUUUGUCAUAUGGAUGUAGGCAACACUGAGCCCGUGAAUCCUGCUCUCAUUUUCUCUUGGACAAUAGAGUCUUUCUAGGAACCAGGGCUGGAAUUUGCAGUGCCUGAAGAAGCCCCUCUUUCCUGACAGACUGCUGUAAACGUGCCCACAGUUCACCUCUACUUGAGCCUUGAUGCCGUGUGUGUUUGCCCUCUCUUCCCAUGCCUUUGCUUCCUGAUGAUCACUGUGGUGUAGGCGUCUUACUUCCUCACUCUCUGUCCAUCUUUCCCUGGGGUGAGAUCUCUGGGCUGUCUGUGCAUGCAAAAUACUGAGUGGUGUCUCCUCAUUCAGCACAAAUGGGUUUUGGGAGCAGGUUUUGAGAAGAGGAAGCACUGUGACUGUACGUGUCUGACACGAGUUUAAGAUCAGGAUUGUUUCAGCGCUUGGAAGGGCAUGUUUCUAGGGAGGUCAAACACAGCAGGUUUUUUCCUGGGCAGAGGUCUGUAGGGUCCUAAGCACUGUACUAAGUAAUGAGCCCUGAGCAGUCAUUUUUGCUAAGCCAGCCGUGUGAAAUUUCCUUUGGAUCUGCUUCUUUGCUGCCUGCCCUGAUGAGUAGUGCUGAUUUUCUCUCCUAGAUCAUCUGCUCUAAUGAGAUAUUUCCUCUCGUUCUCUGUCUGUUCUUUUUCCAUUAUCUUAUGAUAUAGAAGCUCAGGCUGUAAAUUUAAAAAUAUUAAUGUUGAGAAUGGGAAGUAACAAUGGAUUUUUGUUGACCAAAUUAACCAAAACUUCUAGGGAAUAUGCAUUAUUUAUUGUUAUUAUUAUUAUGAUACUGAUUUGGGGGCAAUAUGUGGACCAGAGGGUACCUUAGAAACAGGCUUACCUCUGAAUUCCAUGAGAAAAUUAUCUGUGGGCUCUGAGUACCAUCCAUAACUGGCACAGGCAGAACAAGUAGGGAUUGUGUUACUAUGACUACUGAUAUUGUCAUUGCUUUGUAAUAGAGGGAGAUGCAGAAAGAAAGAAAAUAAGAUCUGCAAGCUACUUAAAUAUUUAUCGUUGCUCAAUAACUGCUGACUAUAGUUUAUGAUGGUCCUUCCAAACUACCUUUUAUUAACCACUUGUCUAGUGUAUCUAGGACAAUUCUAUUUUAAAAUAGAAUUUCCAUCUCUAAAACCUGGUGGACAUGGCAUCCUCUGAAAUAUUUACCUCUGUGUUAGUGUGUGGAUUUGUGAAGCAGCCUCACAAUGAUGAGCUCAAAGGCCAGAGCCCUGGAAGCCACAGAUGGCCUCAUUUUGGCCAGUGAAGGCACCAAUCCCACCACUGCUGCAGCCAUGAGGAGGCUGCCCAUGUUUGUUGGAGCAGCACAGUCUUCAGUUGAGGUUCAUGCUGGACAAAGCAAGAGCCAGUAGGAAUGGUGACACCCCCUCCCCAGCUGUGACUAGAAGAAUUGGGUAGUGCUCAGAUUUCUGAUGGGAUGAUCACACUGAGUGGGGUCUGCUUCGUGGUGUGUUUCUCUUUGUGCCUUUUAAUGCCAUAGGUAGUUCCAGGAAAGGGAUUUUAAUGCCACAGGUAAUCCCACUGACAGAGAUGCUCUGCCUCUAUACCAUGCAAACACUGCCUCCCCAGUGUGCUCAGGAUAACAGUACCUGCCUGUUCCCUCAUGUGUGAACAUCCCUGUGCCAAAUUUUGUUUACAGAAAGUCAGUCCUCAAGUAUUUUUACUUGGUGAACUACAAAGCAUAUUUUACAUUUUGUAACUUUUUAUGGUACCUGUAAAAUAUGACCAUCAGUUGUUUCAGUGAUAGCUGUGGCAAGAUCUGAGAUAAUAAAGGUUUGUAUCAAAGUG